GAAAAGAAAAUUGAUGACAUCGCAAAAGGUAUUGACGGUAUCAAGCUGAUACUACAGAGUCUGGAUCCGGCACAGAUUCCAAAAUCAGCCCUGAAUGCUGUUACUGGAAAUGCUCCUGAAAGUUCGGCUCCGCCUCUAAUAACGCGAGACACCAUCGCCACCAAUGUGUCCUCAUUCGACCACUCAGCCCAUGUCAUUGACCUUCUGAAGUCAGUUUUAGAAGAUGGGACAGUCACUUCGAAUGGAUCAAGCCCGGAGACGUCUGAAGUCGUCUCAUCCUUGACUGAUCUCACACGUACGCUGGAAGAUCCUCCGUCAGGUGGAAACCAUCGUUCAGGAGGCAGAACAGUUGCCAAAGGAGGGCACAUUGAUGAUGAUCAGAUGCCGCCUAUCAGAGAUGUCCUCGAGAUUUUGCGUUGGGUCAGAGCGCGUGAACAUUUCUUUCGCAUUGCUCGAAUAUCACGAGUGCUUCCGACAGAGUACUUUGCAGAAAUAUGCAGAAAGAUGUAUUUUGCGAUCGACGCCUAUACUGAGAUUGACUUCGUCUUGGCCAACGGCUAUCUUGCCUACAUAUUUGCCGAGCAUCUUAUCACUACCGGACUCAACGACUACAGGGAGCACUGGCUGAUGUGCCGCAAGAACCUCCAUGACGCGGUCGCAAGACUCCCACUCUUACUGCCAGCAUCUAUGGAUGCGGUUGCUGCAUUAACAGUAGCAGCCUAUGACGCUAUGGAGAAUGCCAAAGCAACGGUAGCUUGGUCUCUCAUCUCAUCCGCCGCAAGUCUGUGCCAGACGCUGGGAUACAAUCGGCCUAGCCCACGAAGGAGAGCUCGCAACGGGUCAAUUGCGUCGACUGACACUCAAGAGAGUCUCUUCUGGUCUGUGUACUCGCUCGACAAGGGGUUGUCUUUGCAGCUCGAUCGGGCUCCCAACAUUCGUGAUGUCGAUAUAUCAAUCUCAUUUAACCCAGACAGCCAGCCGAGGAGUAUCAGAUUGGCCAGGAUUCAAGGCAAGACAUAUGAACAACUUUACAGCCCACAGGGCUUAUCGCGGCCCGUCCUCGAGAGGGGGCACGACGCCGAGGUGCUCGCCACACAACUGCGGGAGAUGAUACGAGACGUUCAUGUGGAUAUGGAGAAUGCCAACAACAGCGACCCGGUUGCGGAUGAAGACCCUUUGCGUGUCUUGUAUUUGCAGUGCCAUUUGGUCUGUCAUACAUCGCUCCUCACGCUAAUCCUCAGAGCGAUACCCUCGGUUGGAAGCUCUCCAAGCGGCGCGUCCGAUGAAUGCGUUGCAGUUGCUCGGCUCGCCCUCGAGAUCCACCAUCAAUGCAUGACGAGCAUCCGCAAUUGCAAGAGUGAUCCUCAAAUUGUGAAUAAGUACAUUAGUUGGGCUAUUCUGAAUAUGCCAUUCGUGUCAUUCAGUGUCUUGUUUCUCCAUGCGGUGCGGACCGCCGAUGACGCAGAUCUUGCCGUUCUUGAUCGGUUUGCCAGGUCGCUGCAGCCGGAGGAUCAAGCUUCUGAUUGCUCAACUCAUCCACACCGGAUCUACGAACUCCUCUGCAGGGCUGCACGCCUUCAUAUUGAGUCAAAGACGGGCGGGUUGGAUAGUAGCAUGAAUCAACAUCCACUUGAGUCUCUGCUUGAUAUCGACGUUCCCGACGCUCGCAGUCUUGAGACAACACGGCAUGGCAAUGAGAUUUUCGAAACGGACGGGUCUGGGUUGGGCAAUUGGUACCGUGAGCAGCAGCACUUUCUGGGUCUUCUGAACGAGAACGCAUUUCAAUGA